AUUCCGAUGCAAGUGAUGACGAUAAUAUAGAGAUUAAUAUAACUGAAGAACAAAAGAUGUUAGCUGCCAUCAAUAAAUCAACAAGUCUUGAUGGAACGUACUUUAAGGUUGACAAGUCAAAAUCAAGUACAGUAACAGGAGAUGUUGUUGCUGUAUGUCAAUUUUGUAAUCCUACAAGAGCACUUAAAGGAAAAUUUAGAAUUACUUCUAACUUUACAACGCAUUUGAAGAGAAAACAUGCAAAUGUUUAUAAUGAGUAUUUAGAAUAUGCAAAACAAAAGCGACAUGGUGUGGAAAAUACUUCCGUUAUUGAUAGAAAGCGCUGGUCGUGUGUUUUAAAUCAAGAAGAAUUUGAGCAAAAUAUCACAAAUUUUGUAUUAAAGUAUAUGAUACCAUUCAGAGCGGUUGAAGAUCCGUCUUUCAGAAAAAUUUUUAAUGAUUUCAAAAUAAAGAGAGGUGAUACUCGGUUGAAGCACUUGACAUGUUACUCUUUGGCAAAAAGAGUCGACAGAAGUUUUAAGGACAAUGUUACAAGAAAUUGGUGACGCAAUGAGUUCGGUGAUCAAUGGUGGUGGUUUUGUUUGUACUACGGCUGAUGUAUGGACAGGAGGAUCACGCAGAUAUCUAGGUGUCACAGCUAGUUGGGUAAACAAUUUCAUUGAUAUG